CUAUCCUAACGCCUUACCGGGAAUUCCUCUCUCUAAACAAUCCGCAUUCUUACAAGUUUCAACCGUAUAAACAAUGUCGCAAUAGCUUUCCGAGAGCCUUUGUCUUCUCUUGGGCAAAUGUAAUGUUCAUCGGAUAUCUUGAAUAACUCUCCUUUUUUACUCUCCACCUACUGCUCUUCAGCGUGAAUUCAAAACCCAUCUACUCGAUCGCCGUUAUCGGUGGAUCAUCUCUCUCUAUUCUCAGUCAAUUAUACGGUGAAUCACUGCAUUUUGUAUUGCACAUUUGGAUGAGGAACUGUUGCACUAGUAUAUAGUCUUGUUCACUUGCAUGGAGGACCAAUAACUGGAAAAAAUUACUCUUUGAUGCCAUUUAAGACUCUGAGAUCUGCUGAAACUCUUCACAGCUGUUUUCCCACAACGCUUCUGUAGUUGAUAUUAUUUUCCGUGAAACAUAAUUACAGAGAUGCAACGGGGAAGAAGUGCCCUCAAUUCCUUCCCUGAGUCAUUUGAUUUGAACCAAGGACCAGUUCCUGAAAAUACCUCUAUGGAUCACUCGGGUUCCUGGAAUACCACGUUGAACCCAGUGGAAAACCGACUUUCUAAUUACAUCAUUGGGGCUACUGAUGGAAAUGAUAGUUGCAUUGAUGGUGCUGCUCAGAGUUUUAGUGGUUGGGACCGUGGCGAAUCCAGCUCCAGUGCAAAUAAUAUGCAAGAUGCAGCUCGUGGUGCUGAUUCAAAAACAAGACUUGGGUGGUCUUCACCUUUCAAUGCUUGUUCUGAGCGCAAUGCAAGAUCGGAAGACUGGUCCUUUCCACUACCCAAUACCACCAGUAAUAGCAAUAUGGUUGCUGGCAUGAAUUUAAAUUUGAAUGAUGGCCAAACGUGGAAUCGUGAUUACUACAGAGGUUCAGGAGCAGCUCUACCUCAUAAUCUCUAUAAAUCUGGUCAUUCGGCAAUGGACCAGAAUCCAACCUUUUAUCCUUCUUCAAGUAACAUGGGAACCUUUUCUGGUCAUUCUAGUACUUCUUCAGAAAAUUAUGACUUAUCUGAUCCAUUUGGUUCUUGGGGUUCAUCUUGCAAGAGAAAGGCUCUUGAUGGCAAGUCUGGACAAUUUUACCCUGGUGGAAGUUCGAGCUCGAAUCAGCCUAUUGACAAGAACAUAAUGCAGCAUCCAGCUCGUGGUAGGUACAAUACACCAGGAAAUAUAAGUAUAUCCUCUGGCCCGGUGAACUUGUUUUCAACUAAUCUCAUAGAACAAGUAAAUCCAAGUGACGCUGGGCUAAGUAGAGUGCCCCCUAGCCCUUAUUCCUCUUCAAGUGUACCAGGAGUGGCAGAAAGCUCGCGCAGACAUUUUGCAGCAAGAUUGAAUCAUGGGCGGCAUGAGACAAUCCCAUUUGAUACACCUAGAAAUUCAUCCCUGAGGAGCUCUGGUGCUUAUGCCCCCCAUCUUUCAAGACCUAUCACAAACAUUGAUUGUGCAGAAUUGAGGUCAUCGAUUACACUGCCAAUGAACCAAGCCAAUUCCUUGACUCAACCUCAUUUAAUGCCAGUAAAUGAGGCGAGAGGAACAUAUUCAUACCCUUGGAAUGGAUCUUUGAGUUCACGAGGAGGUAGUUCAUCAAGCUCUGGAGAAAGAGGUCAUGGAGCACCCGAGGAUAAUAAUGUUAGAAGCUCUCGUAGAAAUAAUCUCGAGUACCCCAUCACUGUUUCUGCAACCGAGACAAGAACUGUCCUGCCAGAUCAAAUCGAUUGGAGUUUUGCUCCUGGAACUUCUGCAUCGUCUAGGAAUCAUCCUACUGGUUCACAUAUUGGCCACAGUUCUGGAGGCAGAACCCAUUCUGGUGCAUGGUUGCCUCAUCAAAACCCGACAUCACAAAAUCAUCAAAGGUUACCGGAAUCUUUACCUUGGCUUCCUAUCCAUCGAGUUGAGCCUGAAUCCGGGGCAGCUAGAAGCCAUUUUGCUCUUUUCUCUUCUGCCUUUUCUUCAUUGGAUGAGGCAGCUAAUACCAGUCGACAUCAUUUAGAUCAAAGUUCAGCAGCUCUGUUGAUGGAUAUACCAGGCGCUGAAGAUGUUAUCGGUAGGCGUUCUUUGGCUGCUGUUGAGGGCAGACAUAGACUGAUACGGCAAGUCCUGAAUGCCAUGCAGAGGGGUGUCCACUUACAAGAUGAGGAUUAUAUGCUUAUUGAUCCUUUUAUGAAUGGAUUCUCUGAGUUGCACGACAGACACAGAGAUAUGAGGCUUGAUGUCGACAAUAUGUCCUAUGAGGAAUUAUUGGCUUUGGAGGAGCGGAUAGGGAACGUGAGCACUGGACUCAGCGAAGAACAAAUCAGGGGCUCCAUGAAACAGCGCAAGUAUGAAGGAACAGGAAGCUCGCUGCCAAACAUUGAGCCGUGCUGUAUAUGCCAGGAGGAUUACAUUACUGGAGAAGACAUCGGAAUAUUGAACUGUGGGCAUGAGUUUCACACCAGCUGCAUCAAGCAGUGGCUUACGCUGAAGAACCUUUGCCCCACGUGUAAAACGACAGCCUUGGGAUUUGAAGGCAAAAAGGCGUUUCUGGUGGGAUAGCAACGCUUCCUUCUUAAACAACAUCAUCCUUAUCCCGUUGCAGGGUAUCUUUUCCUUUUUUUACAGUUGCAGUCGAGACUGGUUCGCACUCCUCUCACAGGCUUGGUGGGCUCAAGAAAGAAGAGAUCCACAGGGAGUGAGCCUGUGUGAACCAUGAUACUCUUUAAGGUUUAAACUUGGUAAUGUGAACAAUUUUUUAUUCUUCAAAAAGGAAAUGUUUGAGCCUUUGAACUAAUAAUACCAUUACUGACACAUUCUUGGUUAUUGUUAUGUACUUGUAAAUUUUUUUAAGUUUUCUGUCA